AUGAAUGCAAACCACUUGAGAGUUUUUGGUUAUGUGGCAUAUCAACAUCUACGGGAGCAACUUAGAAUGAAGUUAGACGAUAAGGGAGGAUUGAUUAUACAUGUUGGGUAUCACUCCACCGGAGGUUACAAAUGCAACGAAAAGUGCAUUUCUAAGUUCAAGAAUGAGCUUAUGAAAGAGUUUGAGAUGAUCGACAUUGUCCUCAUGACAUACUUCUUUGGUAUUGAGUUUCACAAGUCCAAGAAGAGACUGCUCAUGUACCAAAAAAGGUACGCGCUUGAGAUUUUGAAGAAUUUUGAAAUGGAGCAUUUUAAUGCUACCAUUACUCCAACUGAACUGAGGCAACAAUUGUCAAAGAUUGAGGAUGAGCAAGAUGUUAAUCCAACUCAGUAUAAGAGGUUGAUUGGAUUCAUGUGUUACUUGUGCAAUAUGAGACCGGCAUUUAGUGUCGGUAUUAUGAGUAGAUUCAUGGAGAAAUGUUCGAAGAAGGAAUCGGUAUUAGCACUAUCGUCUUGUGAGACCGAGUACAUCGCUGUUUCAUUGUGUAUGUGUCAAGUCGUGUGGCUAAUGAAUCUAUUGAAGGAGCUAGACAUCGAUGAAGGUGACACUCUAACGCUCAUGGUUGAUAACGCUUAUGCUAUAAACCUUUCUAAGAAUCCAAUUGCACAUGGGAGGAGCAAGCAUAUUGAGAUGAGAUUUUACUACUUGAGAGAGAUUGUUAGUGAAGGAAGGUUGAGGUUAGGAUAUUGUAGAAGCGAAAACCAAUUGACUGAUUUGUUGACUAAAGGAGUCACAAUUGAAGUGUUCAAGAGAUUGAAGAUGAACAUGGGCAUGAAAGACUUGGAGCAUUUGAAUUAA